AUGAACCCCCUAUUGGUGCAGUACCACGGGGGGGGGGGGGGGGGGGGGGGGGGGGGGGGAGUGUGUGGGGGGGGGGGGGGGGGGGGGGGGGGGGUUCCCCGGAACCCCGCACCCACCACCACUCACUACCUAUAUUGCCGACCCCCCCACGCUUCCCUUGCAAGACCCCAUGCACCAAUCCCGAUCAGCCAAAAUGCGUGA